AUGGAUAAUAUUAGUCAGUAUCUUUCUUAUUUAGGAAUCAAAAAGAAGAAUGAUUCUCAGAAUAAUGGAGAAAACACUUCAAAUCGGAGAACUUUGGCUCCAUUAACGAAAAAAUUGGAGACUGAUGAAUAUAUGAGUCGUGUAGAUGUUGAGGAUCAUAUCAUUCCAAUAUGGGAGAGGGAAACGGAGGUCUCUCCAGAAAAGGAAGAGAUUGAGGACGUUACGCUCUCAUACUCAUACAGUUUACUGAGUUUUGUAUCAAAGUCGAUUACCGAGGGAACUGUGUCGUCAUACGAGUCAGACGAAUUUGAGUUACUAAGCGAGUCCGAUGUAGAGGAAAACGAUGUGCGAGGAGUAUAUUUACACGAUUUACAAAAGGGGGUAGGUACAGACAUCCCCGGUCCCGAAGUCUAUCAAGUAUAUAUAAAGGGUGUAUCGGUACAAGGAAACGUGGUAGAAUGUAUUGACGCAUCGCCAUACUCACAGCAGUUUCCGGUAAUUUUGUACGAAUGGUUCAUCAGUACCGGAUACAACUCAAUAGAACGGUAUUCGCCGGAGCCGGUAGCAACAGGAAAGAGUUUUAAAAUACCAUCGCAAGCAAUUGGGAAGUAUAUAUUUUGCAGAGCCCACAGGCUAGUGGAGCCACAGAUGAAUUCGCAAAAUCUGUUUCUGAACACGGGAACGUACGACCCGCACAUCAACGUGUACCAAAACAUGUACCCAAACCAAAAGAGGUUCCACAAUGUAUCAACGCUAUGCACUACUGGGCCAGUUGACAUAUCAAAUGAACUCGCGCUCAGACUCCUGGAAAAUUUAAGCCAAGAGCGUUCAGAAGAUUGCACAUUAUGCUACAAUAAGGAUUAUUCGGGUUCAGUAACAUAUGAAAAAUCGAGUUUACUGAACCAAACAGUGGGAAUAACCUUACACAUCUCAUCCAAAAUCGUUGUUGAAUUCACAAGCCAUGAUCGUCAGAAACACAAAAUAUUUUCCCUUGAAAAAUUCGAAAAUAAAACGAAGAAUUCAGAGGAAUUAGAAGAAAAAAUAUUGUUUGAAUUAGAUUUUAGUGAAAUUUUGGUGCAGGAGUCUCACCAUUCAGAUACGGAGAUUUUAUUUGGAAUCUACGAGGAGGAUAAAGUAAAAUAUUAUUUUUCAUUGAAGUUUGAGGAUAGAAUCCAGUGUUUAACUGCAUUGUACACUAUUUAUUGCAUGAUGGCACAACAGAACACGAGUUUCAACAAGGAAUCAUGGCAAGAACUUUUAAAUAAAGGCGAUCUGGAGUAUGUCGUUAAAGUUGUACGAGAAUACCUGUUGUCUAUAUAA